GAGAGUGAGAGAGAGAGAGAGAGAGAGAGAGAGAGAGAAAUGGCGCCUCGGUGCUGCGCUCACUGAGGCAGUGUUUGGAGCCGGUUAGAGAGAUUCAGCGAGGACAGACAAAAGGAAUAAAGACAUGGUGAACACGAGGAAGAGCUCGCGGACGAGGAGCGGCCCCUUCAUCUCCUCGAGGACCAGGUCGUCGUCGAGGAACGAGCGGAACUCUGAGGAACAUAAGGAACUCAGCAGCGAUGCGAGCACUCCCAGCAGCCCACGGUUGGCACCACCUUCCAAGCGGGUUCGGCGGAAGACUGCCUCCGAGCCUAGCUCCAGCGAUACAUCACCGUCCCCUCAGACCAAGGGCCAGAGGGUCUCCUGGGACAUCCCCACCUAUCGCACGAGGCUGUCCUCUCGCAUAAUGCAGAAUGGGCACGCCCAUAUGAAUCACCGGAAUGAGGAGAGCGGAGGGGGAGAUCACUCUCGUAUGAACGGCCAUGUGGAGCUGAAGAGGAGCUGCCGGGUGAAGAAGAGCCAAUUUGAACACCUCAAUCAGAGCCUGCUGUUUGACCAGCUGGUCAACAGCACUGCCGAGGCUGUCCUCCAGGAGAUGGACAACAUCAGCAGCAUCAGGCAGAACCGCGAGGUGGAGCGCCUUCGCAUGUGGACCGGAGAAACGGAGGAGGAAAACAUGGACAUGUAUUCCAGGGUGAAACGCAGGAAAUCCAUGCGGAGGAGCACUUUCAACAUGCCCGCGCACCACAAAGUUAUGAGUAAAACGGAGGAGGAGGAAGAGGAGGAAGGGACAGAAGAAUCUCAUGGCGAGGAGGAGGAGGACGACGCAGAGGAUGAUGACGAUGAAGAUGAAGGAGAUGAAGCAGAGGAGGCAGGAGAGGAGAAUGACAGACCGUACAAUCUGAGGCAGCGCAAGACCGUGCAGAGAUACGAGGCACCGCCCAUCGAACCGGUGAGCAGAAGACAGAGCAACCCCUCACUUUUUGACACCCACAGAUCUCCAGCAAGAAGAAGCCAUAUAAGGGUGAAGAAACACGCCAUUCAUAGCAGCGACACCACCUCGUCCUCUGAUGAAGAGCGGUUUGAGCGAAGGAAAAGCAAGAGCAUGACCCGGGCUAGGAACAGAUGUUUGCCCAUGAACUUGACUGCAGAAGACCUUGCUAGCGGGGUGCUGCGUGACCGGGUGAAAGUGGGCGCAAGCCUGGCUGAUGUGGACCCCAUGAACCUUGACAACUCAGUGAGGUUUGACAAUGUGGGUGGCCUCCGCAAUCACAUUCAGUCUCUAAAGGAGAUGGUAGUGUUCCCCCUGCUUUAUCCGGAGGUCUUUGAGAAAUUCAAGAUUCAACCUCCAAGAGGGUGUUUGUUCUAUGGACCACCGGGGACAGGAAAGACCCUGGUUGCACGGGCUCUUGCCAAUGAGUGCAGUCAGGGAGACAGGAAGGUUUCCUUCUUCAUGAGGAAAGGAGCCGACUGCCUCAGCAAGUGGGUGGGGGAAUCAGAACGGCAGCUACGCCUGCUCUUUGACCAGGCUUACCUGAUGAGGCCAUCCAUCAUUUUCUUUGAUGAGAUUGAUGGUUUGGCUCCGGUUCGCUCCAGCAGGCAAGACCAGAUACACAGUUCUAUCGUAUCCACUCUGCUGGCCUUGAUGGACGGCUUGGACAGUCGUGGGGAGAUAGUUGUCAUUGGUGCUACAAACAGACUUGACUCUAUCGACCCAGCACUCAGGAGGCCUGGACGCUUUGACCGGGAGUUUCUGUUCAGCCUGCCCGACAAGAAGGCCAGAAAGCACAUUUUGGAGAUCCACACGCGGGAAUGGAAUCCCAAACUGGCUGAGCCAUUUGUAGAUGAACUUGCAGAAAAAUGUGUCGGCUACUGUGGUGCUGACAUCAAAGCACUUUGCACAGAGGCAGCCUUGGUGGCAUUACGUCGCCGCUAUCCCCAGAUCUAUGGCAGCAGCGUCAAGCUGAAGCUGGAUGUCACCUCCAUCGUCCUGGGGCCCGGCGACUUCGGCAAGGCAAUGAGGACGAUUGUCCCAGCCUCCCAGAGGGCUCUGGCUCCCCCGGGCCGAGCCCUGUCCCCCACCCUCAGGCCCCUGCUGGCCAAUUCUUACUCCAUGGUGCUGAAAGCUCUGCUCCGAGUCUUCCCCCACGCUCAGUGUACUGACAGGGAUAACACACACGGCGGCGACAAUCAUCUGCUUGAAGAGGACUUGUUCAGCGACGAUGACAAUGAGGACGGCUCUGCUUCCAUCUACGAAGUCCAGCCUGCUGCAUCCCCAAAGAGUCUGCUCUCCUCUUCUCCAAUGCACAGACCCUUCCUUCAUUUCUCCUCCUCUGCCCUACAACAGCCCACAGCGUACAGGCCGCGUCUGCUGCUGGCAGGGGCCCCAGGCUCAGGACAGAGCUCCCACUUGGCUCCUGCCUUGCUGCACCACCUGGACAAGUUGCCGGUGCACCGCCUGGAUUUGCCUACUCUCUACUCCGUCAGCGCCAAGACGCCGGAGGAGUCCUGCGCUCAGGUUUUCCGCGAGGCCCGCCGGAGCGUGCCCAGCGUGGUGUACAUGCCACAUAUCUCAGAGUGGUGGGACACAGUGAGCGAUACUGUGAAGAGCACCUUCCUCACCCUGCUCCAGGACGUGCCCUCGUUCAGCCCUGUCCUUAUCCUCGCCACUGCUGAAACUCACUACCCAAAGCUGUCAGAUGAGGUGAGAAGCAUAUUCCAGAGGACCUACGGGGAGGUGUUGACGCUGAGCCCUCCAGGAGAAGAGGAGAAAAGGAAUUUCUUCUCCAACCUGCUGCUGGUUCAAGCAGCCAGACCUCCACCACGCCUCAGGAAAACGCUCGAGAGGUGUGAAGACGUGCUGCCUGUGGCGGAAGCUCCAGGCCCCAGGGUCUUGUCAGCAGAGGAACAGCGCCGCCUGGCUGAACAGGAGGAAAACACAUUACGGGAGCUGAGGCUCUUUCUCAGGGACGUGACCAAGCGCCUGGCCACCGACAAACGUUUUAACAUCUUCAGCAAGCCAGUUGACAUUGAGGAGGUGUCAGACUACCUGGAGGUGAUUAGGCAGCCCAUGGACCUAUCCACUGUCAUGACAAAGAUUGACACCUACCAGUACUUGACAGUCAAGGACUUCCUGGUGGACAUUGACCUCAUCUGCAGCAAUGCUUUAGAGUACAAUCCUGACAAGGACCCUGGAGACAAGGUGAUCAGGCACAGAGCUUGCAGUUUAAAGGACACAGCCCACGCUAUAUUUGCCGCCGAGCUGGACCCCGAGUUCGACCGCAUGUGUGAAGAGAUCAAGGAGGCACGCAGGAAGAGGGACCUCCAGACGCCAGCUCAGCCGACGGCAGCUUUGGGUGCUGUGGCGGUCAGGAAGCACCACACUCCAGGAGAGGAGCAGGCCAGGAGCAGCACUCACGGCGAGGCCACUGAGAAACUGUGCACCACUAAUCACAUAAAGCGGAAGAUUCGCCGGCGGCCUUCUUGGGGGCGGGGCAUCAUACGUAAGAAGAAGAACUACAAGAAAGGAACGGAAGAGGAAGAGGAGGAGCCGGAGGCUGAAGCGGAGGCUGCGGGGCCCAGCGACUCAUGCUUGACUCAGGAUGAGGAAUCCUCCUGUGAUACUAUGGGUCCGCAGCCCAAUGGCCACCAUCCCCAUGCCCCAUCCACAGAGGAGGAGAGCUCCAACGAGCCCCCUGUUGUAGCUCCUUCUCUACCGCCAGAUGCCAAUGAAGUCAGAGAGGAGCCAGCACCUAAGGAGGAGGAGCCCACAGCCAAAGAGGCAGAGUCUGAGAACACAGAGAAACACAGCGAGCCACAUUGCCUCGGUGGCAGUUCCCAGCCCAUUGCAGAUGGGGAGAGCCAGGCCAAACGGUCUUUCCAGCAGUCAAUUGAAACGUCCGAGUCCUUAGAUGCCGAGGUCCAGCCCAAGCACACUGAGGGCCUCCUAGUUUCUCAAGUGGACUGUGUAAAUGGAAACGAGUCAAUGGACAGCCUAGACUCGCAGGGCCUCAAGAAGAGCAGCGAGGCAGAGACAAGGACUCCUCAAAGCAAGGCUGAGGGCUCGAAUAUGCCAGAACAGGAAGAGCACAAAGACAAAAAUGAGAGCAAACCAACUCAGGAGAACCAUCCCCAGGAUGGGAGGGCAGAAACAGAUACUGCUGAGGAAGAUCAAGAUGUAGAAGAUGGUUCCAAAGUGAGGAAAUGCAAGUGGAGCCUAUCGGAGCAGCAGAAGGAAUACGGUGAAGGGGCAGAGGAAGAGCCGCAACCAGACCCUCCUCAUCCUCCGGUCGUGGUUGACCAGCAGCGACUUUUGGCUCUUCUGGAUAUGGUGGUGAGGAAGAGUGAAGGCUACAGCGUGGAGCAGCUGGAGAGACUGUACUCCCUCCUCAGCCAGUGUAUCUACCACCACCGCAGAGAGUACGACAAGACCCAGCUACUGGAGGAGAUGGAGGAGAGAAUCCAGCAUUUUGAUACAUUCCUGUGAGAUGGAGGAUAACUAUCAGGUAGAUCCUGAAUAGCCUGGGACCACAAAAGACACACACACACAUACACACACACACACACACGAACUGACUGAGUGAGAGUGAAGGAGCUUCUGAGUCCAGCCCUCAACACGAAAAAACACACAAAUGGAAAAAGUCCAACGCCCUCCCGGAGCUUCGGAGGGAUCAAAACGAGGACGAGGACAGAGACAUUCAAUGGUGCUAUCGUCUCAGGAACCUGGCCACAUCCAGACUCAUUCUACACAACCAAACCCCUGGAGGUGUGUCGGUCACACACGCACGCACGCACACACACGCACACACACACACACACACACACACACACACACACCAAUGGUGUCGGGCAGCCCUGGUGCUACUUGGGUGCUAUCCUUACCUUUUAUCCAUGCUGCUCUUCUUAACCUUGGAUGACCGGUGAUGUCAUAUCACACCCUGGCCGCUCCUCUCCGGAGCAGGCGAGCGCGCGCACACACACUUAAAACACAUCACUUGGGCAUGCAUGCAUUUCUACAAACACACACCUGGAAAUGCACACACUCGCUCAGACCCUCACCAGCAGAAGUGUGAAUGCUGAGUGCUGCUAGGAGACGAGGAGAGAUAGUGUUCUGAAUCAUCCGACUGCAUCGCUGAGCGCUCUUGGCCUCGAGUGGAAACGCCUCAUCGUGGGCCAGCUAUUACCAAGCUAUUGAGCAGCCACCCCCCCCCCCCCCCCCAUGCUCACCCUGAACAAUAGUUUACAAAGAAGUUUUAGCCGCGAAACCCGACGAGGUUAGCUCAGCGGAACCAAAUUUACGUCCUCUUCCUUACGGCGGUCACCGGGUGUGGAGAACCCCUAGUCCCCCCCCCCGUCCCCUCCCUUCCAGUGUCAUGUCCAAGCGUAGCAGUCAUCUGGGAAACCUCCACUCAAAGCACUCGCUUAGCAGAUUGUCAUCUAAAUAGUUUGUGGUAUCUGGAACCCCCACCCCCUUUUCCCCUCCCCCCCCUUCCUAACUACAGUCACAGUAUGAAUGUCCUCCAUCUCCCACUCAAGCUGUGCCCGCCAAUUGAUUUUUUUUUUUUUUUUUUCCUACCGACACCCCGGCUGAGGAACUGGAAGCAGUACAAAUUGGAAGGCAUCUGUAGUUUGCACUGCCUAGCGUGUGCCUUAUUUAAAACCUCAUAUGAUAUAUUUAUCAGGAUGUUUGAUUUACUACGUGACAAUGAACAGGCUCCGAGCUGGGGCGGGUCCUAACCACUGAGGUCACAAUGACCCUGAAGCAAAAAAUAAAUUCAAAAAAUGAAAUAAAAGAUCUUUUCGAUUUUAUCACCAUUAGGUUCAAAACAUAUCUAAGUUGUACAUCUCUGGUUAGUUUUAACUCCAACCUGGGCCAAAAGCCGGCGAACGCGAAGAGGAGUCGUCGGAUCACUUCCUUGGCCGUCGGCGUCCGGCCACACGUGUGUGAAGCACUUCAAAUGUUGUGACGAUUUUAAAAAUGUGUUCAUGUUCCGUCAAAUCCCCGGACCAGCUGGGGGAGGGCAGUCUCCACCUGAGCAGACGGCAGGCGCGAGGAGACAACACCAGCCGUCCUUCAGUCAUUCAUAUGCAAAAAAAAAACAAAAAACAACAACAACAAAAAAAAAAAUAACGAUGUGAGUCAAAGGAUUUAUUGUGCCAUGUGUUAUCCCGCUCCCUACAACAACAAAAAAAGGUGCUGAGUAAAGUUGCCUGUCCACUGGCAUCCUCUUUCAACUAUGAAAACUGUUCUAUUAAGACAGUCAUGUCAACAUAAUGUAUUAUUUUGUGCAUUUGAUAAUUAUUUUUUACCUUUUUGUUUUGUUUUUUAUAAAUGGAAACGCUUUGAGUUGCAUGAAUUCAUGAUGAACAAGGCCAUUCUAGGCAGUGCCCGUCACUAAAGUGUAUGAAACGUGUUUUUUGUUUUUCUGUUUUAAAUGUGUGUACUGACUUUAUGGGUUCAAUUCAUUCUGUUUUCUCAACACCAGACAUGAGAAGCUGGGUUCUCCUUUGUCGCCAACACAGUGUAUGUUUUCCUGACUGCAGUAAGUUAAGGUAUUUACUAAAGCUUUAUAAGGUUUCUGAUGGCAUUUUUCUUUCCUUUUUUUUAAAUUUUUCUUUCGAAGAUGCCAUAUUUUGAGCAGGCGUAGACUGGAGGAGGUUUCUCUUUCUCUACAAGCACUCUUGUCCAGUCCUCAAAAACCUCUCGUUUGCGACUCUCAACCCCAGCUCACCUUCACCUCUGCCUUUUCUGGGACUCUAGGUGACGAAAAGCAAAGACCGUAUGCAAACUGGCGAUGACAGGUUAGCACUUGGACUACUGCAGAGAGGAAAAACCAAUGCUACCUCAGCUUAAUUUAUUUUAAUGCGAAAACUGUUUACUGGGUACAAAAAAAAAAAAAAAAAAAGAAACAGUAUUUUUUUUUUCUCCCUACAAAAAUACUGUUUGAACAUCACCAGUACCACCUUAGGUACCAGAUCAGCGCAACCGCGGCUGCUGCAGUAAUCCAAGAGUUGUUUUAUCUCUCUGAUUGUUAUGUAUGUUUGCAUUUGAGCCAGAUGAUGAUUGCAUAAAUUUUAAGGGUAUUUCACGGACUGUAUAUUUUACGCUUUCAGGUUCUCUUAAAUUUCUACUGUAGAGGAUACAUCGUAGUAGAGCUUCUCCUCUCACAUUUUAUCACCCCUUCUUAGAAGCUAUCGAGAGCAUUUCCAGCCUCUUCACACACUCGUCGCCUUUUUUUGUUUUGUCCCCCCCCCCGAGUGUUUUUUUUGUUUUGUUUUGUUUUUUCAAACUUCAUCUCAUUAUUAUUUAUUAUUAUUAAAAAAAAAAGUUUUACACCUUAAUAGUCAGCAAGUUGUCUUUUUGUACUGAAAUUGAACUAAACGGGGAAGCGUCGUGCGUCCAUUUUAACAUUUUUUUGCUGAAUUGCGUAGCGUUUGUGUAGCAGGUUUAUUUGGCGUGUACGGGGGGAAUAAAGGGUUUACAGGUCUCUCAGGUUCAACAUGCUCUUUCAGCGCUCUUCUAUUUAUUUCACUGUUCGGAGUUUUUUCCUUGUUGAAAGUGGUUAAGGACUAUGGCAUACUGGAAGAGGCUAGCAUUGGCAUAUCAGACACAGUUUCUGUAGAGCACAUCCCAGAAAGAGAAACAGGACCAGGUAAACUUCCUUUCAAUGUCGUUCAUUUUGUCUCCAGUUUCUGCCAAAAGAAUUAUUUUUAUGGAUUUCUAAACGCAUUUGGACACAAAAUAUGAGUAGUUAAAUGUCAUACAUUGUGAUCUUCCUUUUUCUUAUUAUAAAUUGUAGCCAGUUUGGACUAACAACCAAUUUUUGUCUGGUAGUUGAGACUACUUAGUCCAGUAUGCAGAAGGAAAAGGGGCGUUCUCUCUUGAAUUACUUUGUUCUUCCCUGUUUUUUCUUAUGUUUUUCCUUUUUUUUUUCUCCCCUCUCCACAGUUUAUUUAGUCGAGUCUUCUCAUAGCUUUGUCAGUUCUGUUCGUUUUGUGUAUUUAACACACCUGUUCGCAAUUGUUACUUUAGUGUAAGUUAUAUUUGAAAUGAAACAUUUACUGUAUUUCUCAAAUAAACUGCUGUGAUAUACUUGAAUAAAAGGUGCAAACUGUAAA